CCCGUGCCGGGCCCGUAGGACACCCCCGGCUGUACCGCGACCCGCUCCCGUUGUUUCGCUGUCCCCUGUGCCUCACCCGUGGAGCGGCUUCCUGUGAGCGGAGAGUGCACAAUGGUUUGGAGCCCUUCUGUCAAGGGUCGUCGUAAUCAUGAUUGAUUUCACCACUUUAAUCACAGAUAAUUACGGGAUGUGCUGCUCAUUGCUGUUCUGUGUCAGGAGAUGGAUUGGGACCAGUUUGACUUGAACCCUAAAACAAUUGCUGCUCUGAAAAAAGCUGACAUAAAAUCAGUAAAAGAGAUUUUAAACCUCUCUGGAGCAGACUUGCAGAGAUUGAUGAAGCUCUCCAGUGCAGACAUCCAGUGUCUGCUGAAAACUGUCUCUCAUGCACUGAGGAGGAACAGCAUGCUCACAGCACUUCAGCUCUACCAAGAUAAAGAUCAUUUCACCUCCCAGCACCAGAAGCUGAGCCUGGGAUGUUCAGUGCUAGACAACUUGUUAAAAGGUGGCAUUCCUUUAGUGGGAAUCACAGAGCUUGCUGGGGAAAGUUCUGCUGGGAAGACUCAGAUUAGUUUACAGCUGUGCCUGUGUGUGCAGUAUCCUUACAAGUACGGUGGAUUAGAGUCUGGAGCUGUGUACAUUUCUACAGAAGAUGUGUUCCCAAGCAAACGUUUGCAGCAGCUCAUAGAUCAACAGCGUAAGCUGCGUGCAGAUGUUCCAGCUGAAAUCAUACAGAAGAUCAGAUUUGGAAACAGUAUUUUUGUUGAGCGGGCAGCAGACCUGGACACCUUCCAGCAGUGCAUCACAAGGAGGCUGUCCCUGCUGCUGGCUCGGGGCAUGGUGCGCCUCGUGGUCAUCGACUCCAUCGCCGCCCUGUUCCGCUCCGAGUUCGGCCCGGCCGAGUCGGCUCUGAAGGCUCGCUAUUUGCAGACCUUUGGAGCACAGCUUCACAGCUUGAGCACUAAGUUCAGGACUCCCAUCAUGUGCAUUAACCAGGUGACGGAUGCAGCGAGCGAGUCGGAAGCUGCUCAGUGCAGUUGUAGGGUAGUGGGUAGCAGAGUCACUCCAGCACUUGGAAUAACCUGGUCCAAUCAGCUGCUGAUGAGACUGAUGGUCAGCCGGAUAUCACUGCCCGGACUCUCACCUGGAGCAGCAUCACACUGCGCUGGAAGCGUGAGGACUUUAAGUGUAGUUUUUGCUCCUCAUCUCCCUCCAUCCUUUUGCUACUAUACAGUACAGUUGGAAGGUGUAAAAGGAAUAAAAUAACUCUUUUACACAGUAAAGUGCCUUCCUCCAAAAAUGUACCAGAACUUUGUUUCAGGAAGAAUUACCAGUGAAAUGCAAUUCUUAGAUGAGAGAAAUUGAUGGUGAAGUAUAUAAACAAUGCUAUGACUACAUUUAGCCUCAUCUGCAUUGUUAAAGAUGAUCUUUUUACCCUUGGAUAUUCUACUUUUCCUUGUGAGGUGAGUGUCCUGAAGGUUGUUCUGAAGGAGAGGGAAGCUGUAGGCAGGUGGAAGCUGCACAGCAGAGUGGGAUGUAGCAAUCCCCAUGAGGGAGUAGACCUGAUGUCUAAUUUUAUUUUAAUAGCAUGCUCAUCUAGAAACAGCAUUUUGUACCCUGUUUCCAGACCCAACAGGACUUGAAAUUCAAACAGUUUAUGUUGCCUGCUGGUCGUUCUAGGUCUCAUGUUGCCAAUUAAGGACAGCCAUUCUUUGUCACAAAGCAGCUGUUCUAUUUUUAAACCAUUUGUUAUUAAGAUUUUAAAGAAAAUAAUCCCAUAAAGGUACUUGAUUUUAACAUCUUACUUUAAGAAUUAAAAUUGCACUGCCUUUGUACUAGAGGAAUAUAUCUGGAUUCACAGCACUCGAAAUUUUUUUUUCUAAUGGUUCAUUUCCACUCUUUUCCUGCUUUCCAGUCCCUUCCCUUAAUAGCAAAAGCCUCAUCUGAAGGACAGCAAACUACAUCUGCCAUCCCCUUGUUCUCUUUGCAUAGCCUCAGGGCAAGGUCUCUGUGUUCUUCGUGAUCCUCUGCCCUGCUCUGUGUUUUGCUGGAUCAGCAUUCUUCAUGGGCUUCUGGAUGGCUGCCUCUCAUGUCCUGUGUCCCUGCUACUGGGCUCUCAGCUCAGCCAUGAUCCUGAAGGGCACCUUGAGCUCUUUUCAUCCAUUGAGAUGCUAUUGCUCUUCUCAGGUGAUUUUUGUUCAGUUAGAGCUUCACAUGGCUUUUCUUCCCAUCUUUGUGAUAUUUGUCACUUUUUUCUGCUGUCCUCAGACCACUGCCAUGACAUCCACUCUUCUAUGGCUGACUUUUCCCAUUGCUCUGUUCUGUGUGAAAGCAAGCCAGCUAAAGUUACACUGUCCAGAGGCCUCUGUUCUGUGGUGCAAGUGAGUGAUGCUCACUUGUAUCACAUACUCAUCAAGCUCUCACGUUUCCCCUCCUCCUGCUGCUGGCCCUGACAAGAACUCCACGUUUCUGUGAAGUGACAUCGCUCAGGUCUGUCUUUUGGCCAAGGAACCCUGUGUCUGUGAAACAGCUGCCUCCUCUGCCUUUCCCCAGUCACACUCCUUCAGGACAUUCAUCCAUCUUUUCCUGUGGAAGCAUGCAGCUGGGUAGCUGAAAAGGAAAGUUUUGUUUGGCUGUAAGCUGCCUCAGCUGGAACUAUGGCAGAAGAUUUCUCAAGGGACAGCUGAGUAUGACCUAAGGAAAAGAGGCCCUGUGUGACUGCCUCGGGAAGUUCCAGAGCAGUACAGGCUCAGCUUGAAGCUGAAGGAAGGAGACUGUAAGCAAGCAGAAAGGAUCAGUUGAUUUCAGUGCCUUCUGCAACCCACCC